AGCUGGUGGCACGGGCGAGCUCAUGGCGGCGCGGGGGAGGUCAUGACGGCACGGGCGAAGUCGUCUGGGCAUGGGUGAAGCCAUGGUGGCGCGGGGAAAGUCGUGGUGGCGUGAGGAAAACGCUCGCGCGGUUCCGGGAUAGGUGGGUGGCUAGGAAUGUGGGGAUGGCGGUGGAGACGGCAAGAGGCGAUGCGGCACGCGACAUACAGCGCGUUGGAUGGCAUGCAACAUACGGCGCGUUGCGCAGCAGGCAACAUACAGCGCGUUGAACAGCAUGCACUAGCGCCCCGACGCAUACUGAGCAGUGGCGUGUCCUCGCAUCAUUAUCCGCGAUGCGUUGUCCACGAUGCAUCGGCGCAACUCAACCAUGGCGCAUCGGCGCAUGAUCAGCCACGGCUGCGGACACAGAACACUGAUAUCGGCCUACGUUCGCUGCGCGAGAGCCGACGGACGGAGUUGGCCAAAGAGUCGCGAGCUGAACGACCAUCGUGCGUCGUUGGAGGGGUUGGUAUGGUGAGAAAGGGCGUGGGAGUGGCUUCAGGAGGCGCGCACGUGAACGAGAAGAGGCGUAGGAGCAGGGGAAGGAAGGGCCUUCGCCCCAACCCCGGUUGCGCUCUCCUAUGCAAACGAAUGAGAGCGCGUCCUUGGGUCCUUAUACGCUAUUGCGCAACAGGCUGGCCAAGUCGUCACGGUUGAAUCGCUGUGACGCCGUAACGUAUGCACGCGUGCCUCACGUGCCGUG